AUGAGCAAAUACAUGACCUCUGAGGCCGUUCAGAAGCUCCUGGAUACCCCCCUCGAGGACCUCCCUGCCUAUGGACCCCGACUCGCCCUCCCGACCAUUGAGGACCACGAGAGGGCUGCAGAGGACCUUGAGCUCGAAGGCAUAGGUUCCACGUGGAGACGACAUGAUCCCGACCUUCUGGAUUUCGAGGCACUGGCGGCCACGACCCGCGUUCGGAGGACGAUCAACAUUGACUCAGAGCACGCGCAGGUGGGUCACGACAUGUUCGUUGCAGAUGCCACUGUCUUGCCGAAUGGGGAGCUUAACCCGUCUCCACACAUCCACCCGUGGGCCCUCCAGUUUUCUCAGGACCUGAACGCGGCCCUGGCCCACCCGAUUGGUGAGGAGCUCAAGGAAGUCUGGCAACCCCGUACGAUGGCCAAUUUCUUUGGGAACCCUGAGGUCACCGAGGCUUUCAGAUAUUGUGAUUUUCGACCUCAGCCAGCGCACAGUGUCCGCGCCCCAGCCGGCGCCCCCAGGCCAGGCGCGCCACCGCCGACCUUCGACGACCUGGACGACACUCCCGACCUUCCACACCGCUACUGCGACCUCGCCAAGCACCGCCUGCUGAACCUCGAGCACCACCUGCACAAGAUGUCGGGCGGCGCGGCGGCAGCGGCGACGGGCAGCUUCCAGGCGUCUGGGAAUUCUGGCGGCGACUCCAAGCCUCCCGGCCCGAAGAAGGGAAGGAAGGGCGACAAGGACAGGGACACAGCCAUGGACGACGCCAAGGGGGAGCUGCAGAAGAUCCUCGACGGCAAGGACUACAGGAAGCAGGUGCAGACCGCGCGCGAGGCAGGACCAGAUCAGCUUCGAGCGGUUGGCAGCCCGACCGCCUCCCUGGCGGUCACCCUUCUCGAGAAACUGGCCACAUGCGACGUGGGCGGCGUGAGCCGCCAGCAGCUCAACGACUACCUCGACAAGAUCGAACCGACGACGGGCGAGCCGACCAUCACCCGCGAGCAGGUGGAGUUGGACGUGCAGGCCAUCAAGAUCGAGCAGCCCCACGACGAGAGCAAGGCCUGCGUGCUGGACCAAAGUACGGGCACGGAGCGUGCCUGCGACAGCUCGCCGAAUCAGUGUAUUACACCCGUUUCCAGAGGUUCUGCCCUCGAGUACUGCCCCAGCGGCGAGGCCGCUGGCAAGGGCACCGGGUGCGACGGGAUCACGUGGGUGCAGUUGGACCGCUUGCCGCGCCAGGUGGUGCUCCUCCUCUUCGUCAUGGCCGUGCACCAGCCCAGCAAGAGCGCCGACGCGGCCAACCGCACGAUCCACCUCUUCGAGGGUUCGGCGAGCAAGCGCGUGGGGCGGUACCCGGUGUCGCACAGGGCGCCAGAAGCCUGCGCCGUGGCGGUGAUGAAGCGCGCGGGGGGUGGCAGGUGGAAGAUGUUGGCGAUCCAGGAGGCCGCGAGGGUGGGGCGCCACUUUCUAGAGGUGGUCGAGCCCGUGCUCGGCAAGGUCGUCCACGACCUGCUGCCGAGCCUGACCAGGCGGCAGAAGGUCAUGGUCUCCAUGGCCAUGGAGAAGGGCUCCGUGGCCGACCUCCCGCUGCCGCAGGCCGCGAGGGCGCUCUUCGUCGGCGUCAGCUGGGACCUCGGGCGCGUCGGCCACGCGGCCAGCCUGGUGGUGUCGGCCGUGCUCCUGGGCGCCGGGGCGAAGGAGCUGGGGGCGGUGACCGCGGAGGCCCCGCGAGCUGAGGGCGUGCGCCACUGCGGCAGCAGCGCGGGGGUCGCCAGCAGCGGCUUCAGCCUGGAGCAGGCGGCGGUGCCAGAGGGUGUGGAGCAGAUCUUCGUGGUGUGCCACGUCAGGAGAGACGGCCACUCAUCCAGCGGGGACCCGAUCCAGAAGCCGGAUUGCUGCGUGGUGGACCCCCGCGGCUGCGAGCUGGCCCGCUUCGCCGCGGCGGAGGCGCUCCGCGAGGGCGGCCUGCUGCUGGCGCGCCUCUUCCGCGUGCCAGGCCGCGGGAGGUGGGGGUUCCAGGCCCUCGGCGACGCCUGCGGAGGGGCCAGCUGGCGGGACUGCCUCGGCGAGGUGCACGCCGUGUGCGCGAGGAGGCCGCAGGACCUGCAGCAGUGCGCCCCAGACGCGUCCACCAACUCCUCUGAGGUGAAGCGCUCCAUCGUGUCCCUGUAG